CGGCUCCGAUCCUCCAGCAGUCACCACCAGUCUCUUCUCGUCUAGUCUAGUGCACAUCACGCGCUCACACACCACGGCGGCUCCCUCCCUUUCCACCGUGUAGCUAGGCUAGCUACCUCAUGCCUCAGCAACCGCGUCAGGAUCCAAUCAAAAUCCAACCGACCCCCGGCCGCCACUACUGCGCGCAGCGCCACCGACCGACCCCUAGCUAGCUCUAUAAAAGCAGUGCGCCGCACCGAUCGAUCAAUCGGCACCAACAACGACUCAGCUCGCGCACAUUCGCCCAGCUGCCAAAACCCACACGCACGCGCCGAUCAAAAGCCCAAGCUAGCGCCCAAGGCCGGCCGGCGGCCUAACAAGCUCGAUCUUCCAGUCCACUACUUAAUUGGAUAGAUCAAGCUCCACCGGCGGCUGAGCGCGCGCGCGCGCGCCAUGGCUUUGUCGUCGAGGCAGCUCGCGGCGGCCCUCGUCGCCGUGCUGGUGGCGCUCGCCUUCCUUACUGCGUGCGCGAGCGCCGCAAGGCCGGCGCCUGCAGCGAGCGGCGGCGGCGGCGGGGAGGAGGAGGAGGCCACGGCCACGACGACGCCCGCGUACCUGCGGCAGGUGUACCCGGCGGUGGUGGAGACGGUGGAGAUGCUCUUGGCCAGGCUGCCGGCCGGGCCCAGCCCGAAGGGCCCCGGUCACUAGCGUACGUACGUAUUGGCCAAGCAUUAGCGAGCAGAUGGUGGCGUACCGCCGUACGUAUGGAGCUUUUGUAUAGAUUCUCUCUCUGCUAGCUGUGAUGAUAGUACAAAUAUGAUUGUACUAAAGUGCUAAUUAAGAGCACGCACUUAUACACUAGAUAUGAUUCUUUCAUACCUUUGUCGUCGUCGUCGUCACUAGAUCGACACGUACUGCUAGCUAGUAGUGGAGUAUAUAUGUUAGGCUGUGUGCGCAAACGCUUUGGUUUGUACUUUCUUUUACAUUAUUAUUAUAUAUGUCGUUGUUUCAAUAAGGUCAUGAAUUGAGCUAUAUAGUGCAAGUAUUUAUGUAAA